UCGCUAGAGCUGUGGCAGGCACAGAGCCCGGUGCAAUAAACAUGGCAGCAGAGAUAUCCACCUCCAUAAACAUCAAGGAGCCUCGGUGGGACCAGAGCACCUUUGUGGGUCGAGCGAAGCACUUCUUUACAGUCACAGACCCCAGGAACAUCCUGCUAACCAAUGAACAACUUGAAAACGCACACAAAAUCAUCAGUGAUUAUAAACAAGGCAUUGUCUCCCCAGGACUGACGGAGGAUGAACUGUGGAGGGCCAAAUAUAUUUUUGACUCGGCGUUCCACCCAGAUACCGGGGAGAAGAUGAUCCUGAUUGGCCGCAUGUCAGCUCAGGUCCCUAUGAACAUGACUAUCACCGGAUGCAUGAUGACAUUCUACAAAACAACCCCAGCAGUAGUGCUUUGGCAGUGGAUCAAUCAGUCCUUUAAUGCAAUAGUUAAUUACACAAACAGGAGUGGGGAUGCCCCCAUCACAGUGAGUCAGCUUGGCACAGCUUAUGUGUCUGCCACCACAGGGGCAGUUGCCACUGCUCUAGGACUAAAUGCACUAACAAAGCACGUCUCGCCCCUGAUUGGCCGAUUUGUUCCAUUUGCUGCUGUAGCUGCUGCCAACUGUAUCAACAUCCCAUUGAUGAGACAAAGGGAACUUAAACAUGGCAUUCCCAUAACAGACGAGAACGACAACAGGUUAGGAGAGUCAACAAAAGCAGCCCAACAAGCCAUCUCUCAGGUGGUGGUCUCAAGAAUCCUCAUGGCCUCUCCUGGAAUGGCCAUUCCUCCGUUUUUAAUGAACCAUUUGGAAAAGAAGGCCUUCCUGAAGAAGUUCCCAUGGAUGAGUGCACCCAUUCAAGUCAGCCUGGUGGGAUUUUGCCUUGUGUUUGCCACUCCACUCUGCUGUGCAUUGUUCCCACAAAAGAGCUCCAUGUCAGUGAGCCGUUUGGAGCCGGAGCUGCAGGAGAGAAUCCGGGUGAACCACCCAGGAGUGGAGCGGGUCUACUUCAACAAAGGGCUAUGAGUGUCCAGCCCCGUCCUCUACCUGCCGCCAUACCACCACAUCGCAGUAGCCUCAUCGCCAUCCUGCCUCUCUACCAAUCCUCUUCGCCCAGUGUGCCAAAGUUAAGUUUUCUCCUCCUCAUCUCUCCUCUUCAGAUGGACAUCCCAGGAUUUCCUCUCCACGAGAUGUUUGCUUUCACACUGUGAUUGUUGAUUCACUUCAAUUGCUAAAGAUCUUCUCUCCAUGGACCUGAUGAAAAUGGCAAUGUUUAAUCACAGCGGUUAUAGCGGUCCAUGUAAGUCAGCGCUUACAUGGACAUUGAUUUUAUUUUCCGUGCAUUAUUUGUUAAGACAUUGACUUUUUAGUCAUUUGUAGCUGCCAAACCAUGUUUAUACUCUCCAACAUAGUAUUGCACACAA